AAAGUUCAACUUAAACCUCUUUCUGCCUCUCAUAUAAACCUCUCUCCCAAGCCUAUUUUUUCCCACACAACACAAUCUCCCCUGCUUUCACCAUCCCGCUUUCUCUUUCUCAUCUCACAACUUGCCGCAUAAAAAUCUCAUCACAGCUUUCAUCUCUGCUCGCUCUCUCUUCUUUGAUUUUGCUUUUUCCACAUAAAGAUUGAAGAUGGAUAGCUCUAAAGGCAAUAACUUUGGCGUCGAAUUCUGUUUUUUAUUUUAACAGUGUUAAAACAGAAGAAACCCAGAUUCUGAAACUCCAUCUUUGUUUUCUUACACUGAGCUUAGAUAAAUCUUUCUUUCCUGAAAACGUCCAUCUCGUGUUAACUUCGUCGAAACAGGUUAUACUUUUGAGAGAGCGAGCAGUGCUGUGUAUUUAUAAACAGUCAUGGCUGCAACGAACGGUGGGAAAUUCGAUGUGGGAGAUGAAACUCACAAUUUUUCCCAGAAGGGAAGUGAAAGCGUUGAUUGGGAGAUUGAAAAGGGAAACAGCGUGGGUUCAAGCUCUCAGAGGCGUCAAUGGAAGCCAGUUUUUGAUGAUACUUCCAUUUCACACGAUAGACCUCUGAAGAAAAUCCGCAGCCCCGAUCGCCGUAACACAAACCAAUCUUCCUCCUCUUCUUCUUCUUCUGUUACUUUUCAACCUUCUCCUCUCUCUAUCCCUCCUUCAUCCUCUUCAAGAAUCGUGUUCCCUUUCGCCUUCAACGGUUCCCAAUACCCAAUGCAAUUCCCGCACCAAUUCGGAGCCAUAAAUUCACCCUUCCCUCACUCCUCUUUCCAAAACCCCCAACAGAUGAUAUCAUUCGGGUCCCAGCAACAAAACCUUCCCUUUCCACCAAACAUGGCCCGAGAUUCUUCUCUUCCACACCACCAUCAUCAUCAACAGCAUCCGCAGCAACUUCUUCAGCAUUGGAGAGACGCUCUGAAUCUAAGUCCCAGAGGAAUGUUUACCCACUUGGGGCCAGAUGGAAGGCCAUUGUUUAGGCCUCCAACGCAGCCCAUAAACACCACCAAGCUCUACAGAGGAGUGAGGCAACGCCAUUGGGGAAAAUGGGUCGCUGAAAUUCGUCUUCCUCGAAACAGAACGCGUCUCUGGUUGGGCACAUUUGACACGGCGGAGGACGCCGCCAUGGCCUACGACCGCGAAGCCUUCAAACUCCGAGGAGAAAAUGCCAGACUCAAUUUCCCCGAAAUGUUCCUCAACAAAGACAAAAACGAACAAGUUGAAGAAGAACCUUCUUCACCUGUUCAAGACCAGCAUGAACAAAAACCUGUUCCUGUAGGCCGUGACAUGCCAAGAGAAGAGUCUAACGAGAAUGACUCAGGAAUUGGAUCGAGCGACGCUACUGUGAGUGAUGAGGUUCAUGCUGCUGCUGCUUCUGCAGAAGGAGGUGACGGGGUUUCUCAGGAACUUGUUUGGGGAGAAAUGUCUGCAUGGUUCAAUGCUAUUCCUGCAGCUUGGGGACCUGGUAGCCCUAUGUGGGAUGAUUUGGAUCCCACCAAUAAUCUUCUUUACCAAUCACACGUUCCUUUUUCAAAUUCCAAUCAGCAAGAGAUGAAUGAUGCCUCUGAUGAUGCUCAGAGACAUGAACACAACACGGGAUCAGGUUACUUAUGGAAGGAUCAGGAUUGAUUCAAGUUAAUUUUAUCUCCAAGUCGCUUCUUUCUCUGGCUGCAUACUCAUGAUUAUCCAUUAUACAGCUUAGGACAGUUUGAUGAUUUCUCACUUACUUCUUCUCACUGGUUGCUGAUAUUUUUUACCAGUACCUGUGAACCAACCCUGCCUACUAUAGUCCAAUAUUCAUUCUUAGACCAUCUCUGCUGUACCAAGGCUCAUUGUAUUUCAGGGCCUUUCAGCACCCCUUCACUGUGUUCUGUUUUUCAACCUUGUUUUUAAGGUUUUUACUUGACUCUUCUGCACUAUAAUUAUUUAGUAUUGAAUGUAGCAAAGGUAGUUGGUUUGACGAGAGAAGAAGGAGACAGUUUUUGUGAUUUCCUUCUCUGUUGUUCCAUCCGUUAUGAGCUAUGUUUUUCUGCUCCAAGGAUGGAUUUACAUUAUUAUUAUUACUACAUUUGUAGUUUGUAUGCCAUCAUGUUAUGUAUUUUUUUUCUUGGUUUAUUAAAUAUCUAUCAGCAUUUUGCAGUAUUGCAGUUUA